GCUGAAAGUGUGAAUAGCAUUUCACUUGAUUCGGUGUAAGUAAUUUGAAUUCCGAGCAUGGUCACGUAACAAAUUAAAUAUGUAAGUCAAGGUACCACGCGAGGAUAUCAGUGUGUGACGUCACGAUGUGAUCGCCGAUCUCACUCUGUCCGUGGUUGGCUGCGGGUUCCUUGGAAUCCUCGGCGGAUUAUGGACAUUGCCCCCCCCAGAUAACACAUCCUAAACGGCGUCGUGCCGCAGACGAGCCGCGGAACCAGCAGAAACCCAUUGUAAGGAUUAUGUAACAGCAAAAGGCACUGCUUGCUACUAAGGCCAUGGCUUUCGUGCCACUCCUUACUGUAAGCUUCCUCAUCUCUUCCCUCCAUCCAUGUGAUGCCCGAGUCAUCAUUGGUGGACCACCAUCCUUUUCUCCUAAAGACUCUCAACCAUUCAAGCGAGCAGAUGGAAACUGGUCCUCUUUUCCUCUCAGCGGACAUAAUGACGUGCCAGCUGAGGUUACAGCGCGGGAUCGGCUGACAGAAUACAAAAUACACUGGGCUGCCUCUACUAUGUCAACCCUUUCUUCUCGUGUACUCAGCCGUAGGACAAACACGAGUCAAGUGAGUGUUAUCGGGCCUGGGAUGGUCUCAACUAGGCCGCCACUCAGUGGGACUUUGGAGAAAGAAAAAGCCUUGACAUCUGUGCUCAGUUCACCCUCCGGUGACAAACCAGUGACAUCUAGCAGUCUACUUAAAGAGACAAGUGAUUUAAAGGAACUUGGUUCAGGUAGUACAACAUUGAUGCUUGAAACGGAGGAAGUGCUCACGUCUGUGCCAACCACUACUGAUAAAAUGGCACAGUAUCAACCACCAGCACAGACUAAAAUAGCUGAUGUGCGCAAUUCAUCGGUGGACACUCAAACUGUGGCGCCUCCAACAACUGUGCCCAGAGCUGCGCUGUUUCCCGUAGUAACCCAGGCCACGCCUCCUACCAUUGUAUUGCCAGGUGAUUUGACACCUUCCACUGACGGAAAGCAUGAGUCAGAGGUUGCGCUGACUUUAAACAGACCUUCCACCACCACGGACGGCUCCAAUGGAAAACAACCGCUAACUCCCAGAGAGCCAGUUAGCAAUCAAAGCAAGAUUUCUCUUUCAAAAAUGGUGACAGAGAAAGUCGCUGCAACAACUGCAGCUAGUAUCCUAAAAACAACUGGAAUGGAUGAGAAAAUAUCAACCAGAGCAGCAAGUAAACCCAACAAAAGUGCACAUCAGGAGACAAACAGAGCAACUGCAACUGUCAAACCAACACCAACAGGGAACUUGUCUUCGCUGACUGCCAGUGUUGCACCAGUCGAGCCGAAGAACCGCUCCAAUUUGUUAGUGGAUCCUCAUCAAAUUUCUAAGCCAUCCCUGUCACCCAGCGCUGAGACCUCCUCAAAUGGAAGCCUUAUCUACUGGGGCAACCUGAGCAGGAGUCUGUCUUUUGCGUGGCAGCUCCAUGUCUACGGGUCAGCAAGCCUUUUCUUGCUUUUGUUUGCCGGUUCUGCUCUUGGGCUCAUCUUGUCCCCAGGUUCAAAUUGUCCUCAUCGGGGGGCUCUUGCUCUCGCCAAUACACUGUUGUUUCUGGUCGGGGGACUUAGGGCGUGUCUCUUUCUGAUUGACCCCUACGGGACACAGAAAGUCCUGCCUCGAUCAGCAGUUGCAGCCAUUUACAACUUGCCGCUGCACUUCCUGGUGUGGACGCAGGCUGCCUUGGCCCUGCUGGCCUUAAGGGUGGCUGGAGUAACAGUGUUACCUUCAACAUUGGAGCGUCCUCCCCUAGUUGCCGUACUGGCAGUGCUGCAGUGCACGCUGCUGCUGGCGGCAGAUCUGUUUUCCCCAGCCCUAUCACCUGUAGUGCCUGUCACCCUGCAAGUUCUCUCCCUGUGCUGGGGUCUAGGUCUCUGUCUGGGAUUCCUGUUUUAUGUCUUUCCACGUAUACGAUGCCCUCCCAUUGCUCACCUUGGAGUUGCUGAAGAGACCAGGAGAAAGGCUUGGACGGGGAGCAGGAGAGAAGGAGUGAUUCUUGGAAAGGUUCUGGCAGCUUGUGCUGUACUAGGAUCACUGUGCUGUGGGCUACAUGUUCAUGCCACCCUUUGGCUCUAUGGACUUCUAGGGGACUGGAUGAGCUUCAACUGGGGCUGGUGGCUGGUUCAUUUCUGGGCUAGACUCCUAGAGCUGGCCUGGGGUUUGUGCCUCUUGCUCUUGGCCUCGUGGCUGUUCUGGAGGCCUCAGUGUUGCAGAGGAAGAGACGAGGGCGGAACAGGAGACGGAAGAACAACAGGAGACAUGCCGUCGCCCGGACAUUCUGGAGGUUCCUCUAAUAGACACACUUGCUGGUCCAAGAUAGUCCAGAGUCUGACGGGGAAGCCUUGCAAAAAGUCAGAGAGUAAUGGUGUUGGCGGAGGAGGACAAGCCGAGGUUCCCAACAAUUGGGCUGGCCAAGAACGAUCUGGAGUAGACAUUACAAAGAAUCUCAUCAGGAACCAUAAUCACGAUCAAACAGGUGUCCAACCACAGAGCGUCAAAGAUAGCAACCGAGCACGCAACCACAGGGGACAUUCUGCAGAACGUGGCAUAUCUGACGGCUCUGCGGGCUCCCUCCUAAGACUACAGGCCCUAGGACUGACUCCACAACGUUCGGUCAGCGGAAGUGUGGAUCCGGACAGGGAUACCUCUCUCUCACUAUGUGAGUUUGACCUUCGUCCCCCUUCUCCCAUUAAUCUCACCCGCAGCAUCGACGAGGCUCUGCACCGUGAACACCUGCUUGAAGGUGGAAGCUUGUUCCAUCCUUUUAACCAAACUUCACAAUCUCCCUCCCCUGGAUCAGGAGUCAGCCCGGGUCCUUGGCUGCGUAGGAACAGUGACCCUCAGUUUUCAGAGAGCAGUGAGGCUCCCACGGAGUCUUCCAUGCCUCUGGGGGGCAGCAUUCUUAGCAGUGUGCCCAGCAGGCAGGUGACUGCUCCACCCACACCGUCCCAUCAGGGUCACAGGUGGGCUGGGAACGAGGCGGGAUACGUACCCUCAUCAGUGUCCUGCCCCGUUUCACUUCACCCGUCCAGAACAUCAACGGGACAUUUGGGGGAGGAUGGAGUGGACGACACGCGGCCCUUUAUCACGCCAGACUCUGACCGGGGACGGGGGCAGGCCACUAGGCCUGUCGCUUCACGAAGUUAUCUGGAAGUCAGCCGACAUGACGACUCUGCUAGUGUGAGCAGUGAAAUUAUUGACCUAUGAGCCAAAUGUUGACCAUGAGAACCAGGGGCCAGAACACCUCAAAUACACCAUCAAAUAUUUGACAGAUCCUACAGAGAAAAAUAAUUGAACUAUAAAACAUCCUUCCGUGCAUUGUAGUCUUUAGUGCUUGCUCUCACUAGGAAAGCAAUAUCAGCGGGUGAGCUGGAGCCUACCCAAGCUGACUGGUUGCCAGCCAACCACAGGGCACAUAAAAUGAAUAAACAAGAAUUCUCACGCACGUUCACAGUAUAGAUUCUGCAAUAAAGCUAACAUAUAUCUAUUUACAAUGUACAAGAAAACCCACACAAGCAUGGGAGGGAUCAACAAACUCUAUAUGUAAACCACAGAACAACAAAGUCCAUAUGCUCAGAUUAGAUUGUUAGGCUUUAGAAUGAUGAAAGCAAAACGGCAGGCACGCAUUUUCCAUCUCAAAAAAAGAAAAAAAAAAGAAAGAAAAAACCGUCUGGAAAAUAUGUAGUUGAACGAUGAAGAUGAACACAUGGAGAUCCAACACACUCCAAAGUGGUCUUGCUCCAAAGUAAAGUUUCUUAUGGUUUUUUUUCUUAUUUUUAAUAGGAGGGCAUUAAACUUCCUCUUAAACUAGGUUUAGAUCGUCAAAUCAUAGCCUGGUAACACUGCUAAGCAUCAUAAUUUUUAGAGGUAAAAGACAAAAUGUGCCCUUAAAAAUCCCACAGCUUUUGUUUUUGUGUGCAUAUCAAAAGUAAUCAUAUCUAUGUUCAAAUGGUCCUGGGAAUUUUCUUUGUAAUGUACAGAUGUGCCAUAAGUGAUUUCGCUUUGUUCUGUGUAAUUGUUUGUAUACCCUCUGCCUAUCAUCUUGAACAUGGUGAUUUAUCAGCUAUUCCUAAGUUUAUAAAGUGUUUUAGACUGCCCCAGCUGUUUUUGACCUUUUUGUCCUCAUAUUGAAGUAGUUAAACAGAAAACAUAUUCGCAAUGGCUGUAACAAGCAGUGCAUGCGAACAAGCGCUUAUUAGUAAUGGGCGAUAUGAAUGCUAGUGACUGAAUUUUACAAGAAUAAUGUGUUUUCAGGCUAUAAAUUGCACCUGAGUAUAAGUCACACCACCCAAAAAAAUACACAAAGAGGAAAAAUUCGUCUGAUAUUAGUGAGAAAAAAAAAUAAGGCGCAUCUUAAUUUAAGUCUCAGGCCAAUCCAAACGGAUAAAAAAGGUGCAACUUAUCUGAAAAAUACGGUGUUAGGAAUACAGUGGGGCAAAUAAGUAUUUAGUCAACCACGAAUUGUGCAAGUUCUCCCACUUUAAAAUAUUAGCGAGGCCUGUAAUUGUCAACAUGGGUAAACCUCAACCAUGAGAGACAGAAUGUGAAAAAAAAAACAGAAAAUCACAUUGUUUGAUUUUUAAAGAAUUUAUUUGCAAAUCAUGGUGGAAAAUAAGUAUUUGGUCAAUACCAAAAGUUCAUCUCAAUACUUUGUUGCGAUCCCUUUGUUGGCAAUAACGGAGGUCAAACGUUUUCUGUCACUCUUCACAAGCUAUUCAAACACUGUUGCUGUAAUUUUGGCCCAUUCCUCCAUGCAGAUCUCCUCUAGAGCAGUGAUAUUUUGGGGCUGUCGUUGGGCAACACGGACUUUCAACUCCCUCCACAGAUUUUCGAGAUCUGGAGACUGGCUAGGCCACUCCAGGACCUUAAAAUGCUUCUUAUGAAGCCACUCCUAUGUUGCCCUGGUUGUGUGUUUAGGAUCAUUGUCAUGCUGAAAGACCCAACCACAUCGCAUUUUCAAUGCCCUUGCUGAUAAAAGGAGAUUUUCACUCAAAAUCUCUCGAUACAUGGCCCCAUUCAUUCUUUCCUUUACACAGAUCAGUCGUCCUGGUCCCUUUGCAGAAAAACAGCCCCAAAGCAUGAUGUUUCCACCCCCAUGCUUCACAGUGGGUAUGGUGUUCUUGGGAUGCAAUUCAGUAUUCUUUCUCCUCCAAACACGAGAACCUGUGUUUCUACCAAAAAGUUCUAUUUUGGUUUCAUCUGCCCAUACCACAUUCUCCCAGUCCUCUUCUGGAUCAUCCAAAUGCUCUCUAGCGAAACGGAGACGUGCCUGGACGUGUACUUUCUUCAGCAGGGGGACACGUUUGGCAGUGCAGGAUUUGAGUCCCUGGCGGCGCAUUGUGUUACUGAUAGUAGCCUUUGUUACUGUGGUCCCAGCUCUCUGUAGGUCAUUCACUUGGUCCCCCUGAGUGGUUCUGGGAUUUUUGCUCACCGUUCUUGUUAUCCUUUUGACGCCACGGGAUGAGAUCUUGCAUGCAGCCCCAGAUCGAGGGAGAUUAUCAGUGGUCUUGUAUGUCUUCCAUUUUCUAAUAAUUGCUCCUACAGUUGAUUUCUUUACACCAAGCGUUUUACCUAUUACAGAUUCAGUCUUCCCAGCCUGGUGUAGGUCUACAAUUUUGUCUCUGGUGUCCUUCGACAGCUCUUUGGUCUUGGCCAUAGUGGAGUUUGGAGUGUGACUGACUGAGAUUGUGGACAGGUGUCUUUUAUACCGAUAAUGAGUUAAAACAUGUGCCAUUAAUACAGGUAAUGAGUGGAGCCUCAUUUGACGAAGUUAGACCUCUUUGACAGCCAGAAACCUUGCUUGUUUGACCAAAUACUUAUUUUCCACUCUAAUUUGGAAAUAAAUUCUUUAAAAUCAAACAAUGUGAUUCUCUGUUUUUUUUUUUUCCACAUUUUGUCUCUCAUGGUUGAGGUUUACCCAUGUUGACAAUUACAGGCCUCUCUAAUCUUUUCAAGUAGUAGAACUUGCACAAUUGGUGGUUGACUAAAUACUUAUUUGCCCCACUGUAUUAAAUUUCAACCUGACAGUUUUCCAGGAGGGCACUCGAAAAAGUCACAAACGCGGCGCUUAACUUUUCAUUAAAGCACUAGACUGAAAUAUUUUAGUACUAGAGAUAAAAGUAACUUUUGGAUAUAUAUUAUACUGUGUAGAAGCGAAAAUGUAAAUACUAAUAUUUUUAUGUUAAAUGAUGAUAUAUUUGAAAUGAAAGUCCAUUUGUCACUGUGAAAGACAAUCGAAAGUGUUUUGCUGACAGUGCCGUAAUGCUAUUUUGACAUCAAAGCUUUCCGAGUUGCGCUAAGGAUUGAACUAUUGAUGAAUGCCUUGUGAAAAUAUUGAGAUAUUUUUUAUUUUGCUGAACGUAUUUUCAAGUUAAAAUAUUCCAUGUGUGCAUAAAGCAGCUUGAUUAAGCAUGUAAAAUGUGUACUUUGCCGCAAGGAUCUACAUAAAAUAAUAUGUAUUUGAUUUAUUGGACUAUCAUCAUUUCAGAAAUUAUUCAAGGAAUAAUUUGCCUUUAUUUAUGUAUCACACCAUGACAGAAUCAUGUCCAGUUCUUCCAGAGAUGCUAUAGUUGUUUCGUGUUUUGAGUCCAAUGGAUUGUGUUGUGUUCUACAUUGAAAUGGCUUUCUGAGAUUUUACCCACUUGCUGUUCGCGCCUCUUUUUUUUCCAGGCCAAAGCAGGAAGCUCUACGUGUUUUCAGUGUUGCCCCCUGUACAAAGCAUACAUGCUACAGGAAAUGAAUUAAUGUGCCCGCUCCAGUGUGUAGUUACAGCUCAGAGAUUCAGUAUUAGAUCUGUUUAUUUGGAUCAUCUUACAUUUGAUAUUUCAUUUUUCUGAAUUUCAUGUUUGGCUUCAAAUAAAAAUGAAUUUAUGAAAUGA